AUGGCCAAGAUUAACACCCAAUACUGCCACGCCCACCCGCCACGCCCGUGGGUCAGGACCACAGACAGAGAUCUUGAUCGCCUUGAAAACGGCCUCAGCAGGACCCACUCACCAUACGAGGAGACAGCCUCAGGACUGCAGCAGGGGAUCACCAUGGAGACCAGAGGACAGACUGCAUCCAGGCGAGGCUCCUUCACCGGACAGGAGCCUGCCAGGUGGUGGCGCCUCGUCGUCGCACUGCACGCGUGGGCUUCCAGGCAUUUACACCACCAGGACCAGAGACCGGACUCCUUCCUGGAGCGUUUCCAUGGAGCCGAGCUCAAGGAGGUGUCCAGCCAAGAAAGCAAUGCCCAGUCCAACGUGGGCGGCCAAGAGCCAGCAGACAGAGAGAGGAGUGGCCGGCCCCUGGCCAGAAACAAUGCCAACACCUGCAACAACGCGGAGAAGGAUGACAGGGCAAGGAAGGAGGGGAAAGAGAAAGGGGAAGAAGAGAGAGAGGAAAACUGCCUAAAAAAGGACACCGUUGUGGUGGACCCCUCCAGCAACGUGUACUACCGCUGGCUGAGCGUCAUCGCCCUGCCGGUCUUCUACAACUGGUGCCUGCUGGUGUGCAGGGCCUGCUUUGAUGAGCUGCAGUCUGAGCACCUGGUGCUGUGGCUGGUCCUGGACUACUCGGCGGACGUGCUCUAUGGCGUGGAUGUGCUGGUGCGCGCCCGGACAGGCUUCCUCGAGCAAGGCUUGUUGGUCAGGGAUACCCAGAGGCUGUGGCGGCAUUACACAAAGACCUUGCACUUCAAGCUGGACGUGUUGUCCCUGGUCCCCACAGACCUGGCUUAUUUUAAGCUGGGCAUAAACUACCCAGAACUGAGAUUCAACCGCCUACUGAAGUUUGCCCGGCUCUUUGAGUUCUUUGACCGCACAGAGACGAGGACCAGCUACCCCAACGUGUUCAGGAUCGGGAACUUGGUUUUGUACAUCCUCGUCAUCAUCCACUGGAAUGCCUGCAUCUACUUCGCCAUUUCCAAGUUCAUUGGUUUCGGGACAGAUUCCUGGGUCUACCCAAACAUCUCAAACCCAGAGUAUGGGCGCCUCUCCAGGAAGUAUGUUUACAGUCUCUACUGGUCCACCUUGACCCUGACCACCAUCGGUGAGACCCCACCCCCUGUGAAAGACGAGGAGUACCUCUUUGUAGUCAUAGACUUCCUGGUAGGUGUCCUGAUUUUUGCCACCAUCGUGGGCAACGUGGGCUCCAUGAUCUCAAACAUGAACGCCUCCCGGGCUGAGUUCCAGGCCAAGAUCGACGCCAUCAAGCAGUACAUGCAGUUCCGCAAGGUGACCAAGGACUUGGAGACACGGGUCAUCCGGUGGUUCGACUACCUGUGGGCCAACCAGAAGACGGUAGAUGAGAAGGAGGUGCUCAAGAGCCUCCCAGACAAGCUGAAGGCCGAGAUCGCCAUCAACGUGCACCUGGACACUCUGAAGAAAGUCCGCAUCUUCCAGGACUGCGAGGCGGGGCUCCUGGUGGAGCUCGUGCUGAAGCUGCGGCCGGCAGUGUUCAGCCCUGGGGACUACAUCUGCAAGAAGGGGGACAUCGGGCGGGAGAUGUACAUCAUCAAGGAGGGCAAGCUGGCCGUGGUGGCUGACGAUGGGGUCACCCAGUUCGUGGUCCUCACUGAUGGGAGUUACUUUGGGGAGAUCAGCAUCUUAAACAUCAAGGGGAGCAAGUCAGGGAACCGCAGGACGGCCAACAUCCGGAGCAUUGGCUACUCGGACCUGUUCUGUCUGUCCAAGGAUGACCUGAUGGAGGCGCUCACUGAGUACCCUGACGCCAAGAAGGCCCUGGAGGAGAAGGGACGGCAGAUUCUGAUGAAGGACAACCUGAUUGAUGAGGACCUGGCCAAGGCCGAGGCAGACCCCAAGGACAUCGAGGAGAAGGUGGAACACCUGGAGUCCUCCCUGGACACCCUCCAGACCAGGUUCGCACGGCUCCUGGCCGAGUACAGCACCACCCAGAUGAAAGUGAAGCAGCGUCUCAGCCACCUGGAGAGCCAGGUGAAGCUCUGUGGGAGCAGCCCUCUGCCGGACCGGGGUGCUCUGGAACCAGAGACCGAACAACCGUGA